UUUUACCAGCAGACCGAGCAGAAGAGGAUUGAAUUCCAGGUUGACAGGAGGAUCCCUGCAGUCAAUUGGAAGCCAUCCUCUCUCCCAAACCAGCAAGAUGGGCAAGAAGAGCAGAGUGAAGACCCAGAAAUCGGGCACCGGAGCCACCGCUGUGGUUUCUCCAAAAGAAAUGAUGAAUUUAAUCUCUGAACUGCUGCAGAAGUGUAGCAGCGCUGCUCCUUCUCCCGGGAAAGAGUGGGAGGAAUAUGUUCAGAUUCGAGCUCUGGUGGAGAAGAUCCGCAAGAAGCAGAAAGGGAUGUCUGUAUCGUUUGAGGGAAUCAGGGAGGACUUUUUCUCUGAGCUGAUGGCCUGGGCUGCGGAAUGCAGAGCUUCCUGUGAUGGUUUUGAGAUCUCCAACUUUGCUGACGAAGGAUAUGGUCUGAAGGCCACCAAAGAUAUCAAGGCUGAGGAGCUGUUUCUGUGGAUCCCUAGGAAAAUGCUUAUGACUGUGGAAUCUGCCAAGAAUUCUGUCCUUGGGCCACUGUACAGCCAGGACCGGAUCCUCCAGGCUAUGGGAAAUGUGACUCUAGCUCUACAUUUGUUAUGUGAACGGGCCAAUCCUAGCUCGCCCUGGCUGCCCUACAUCAAGACCCUGCCUUCUGAGUACGACACACCCCUGUAUUUUGAAGAGGAGGAAGUGCGCCACCUGCUGGCCACACAAGCUAUACAGGACGUGCUCAGUCAAUACAAAAACACAGCGCGACAAUACGCCUACUUCUAUAAAGUCAUUCAUACUCAUCCGAACGCCAGCAAACUGCCCUUGAAGGAUGCUUUUACCUUUGACGACUACAGGUGGGCAGUGUCCUCUGUGAUGACCCGUCAGAACCAGAUACCUACAGCAGACGGUAGUCGUGUCACACUGGCUCUCAUCCCUCUCUGGGACAUGUGCAACCACACCAAUGGCCUGAUAACAACUGGCUACAAUCUAGAAGAUGACCGAUGUGAAUGCGUGGCUCUCAAAGAUUACAAAGAGGGCGAACAGAUAUACAUAUUCUAUGGUACAAGAUCCAAUGCAGAGUUUGUGAUCCACAAUGGCUUCUUCUUUGAGGACAAUGCACACGACCGUGUGAAGAUUAAGCUGGGCGUAAGCAAGAGUGAGCGCCUGUAUGCCAUGAAGGCCGAGGUUCUGGCACGUGCAGGGAUUCCUGCGUCCAGUAUCUUUGCCCUGCACUGCAGCGAGCCGCCUAUAUCUGCUCAACUUCUGGCCUUCCUGCGAGUCUUCUGCAUGACUGAAGAGGAACUCAGGGACUACCUGGUGGGCGAUCACGCCAUCAACAAGAUCUUCACCCUGGGCAACACCGAGUUCCCUGUCAGCUGGGAGAACGAAAUCAAGCUGUGGACGUUCCUGGAAACACGCGCUGCGCUGCUGCUCAAAACCUACAAGACGGCCUCAGAGGAGGAUCGCUCUAUGCUGGAGAAGCCUGACCUGUCCCUGCACUCCCGCAUCGCUAUAAAGCUACGGCUAGCAGAAAAAGAGAUUCUGGAGCAUGCUGUGUCCUGCGGUCGGGCCAAACGCCUGCACUUCCAGAAGCAGCUGGACGAAGGAGCGCAGAUUCCUCUGUAUGAAGAAAGCGACAUCGCCCUUUUGGAGAACGCAGAUGCCAAACUCCCCAUCAUCUUGCGCAAAUUGGAAGAAGAAGAAGAGGAGCAUGUUGAGGAGAUGAACCAACUCACACCUGACGCUGUCUGCAUGAACUCCUCCAAAAUCCCUGUCCUGAACGGGCAGUGUAAAGAUCUCAACGGUACUCAAGAGGAUCCUCCAGGAGGCGGCGCAGUGGUAAAGGAGAUUGAGAAGCAUGACCCAAGUGCCAAACGGACUGAAGGUGAACCAAAAGAUGCUGACAAAUAGUCCUGAUCAGAUCUCGCUGGCUAUCUUAGUUCCUGCUAUUUAUUUAUUUUGGUUUAAGAGACUGACAAGUAGGAGCAAACGCUUUCUAAACUAAAAAAAAAAGGAUUUAGGUUUAAUUAUGUUUUUUUUUUUUAUUAAAUGCAGCUUAAGUGUGAGCUAGCUUAAGUUAUAAAGAGCCUGUUGUUUUAUUUUUGUUGUUUUGUUUGAGUUUUUAAUCGGUGCCACAUUUGGUUUCCUUUGUAGUAGCUUUGCUCGUGUUGCCAGACAACAAGUUGAGGAAGUAACCAAUCAUAUGGACUAGAUGAAGGCUUGCUUGGACUUCACAAAAUGAGAAAAAUGUAUAUCGAAGACUUUAACAUGGUAAUGUUGCCAAGGAUGUUUCUGCUUAGCCAUCCAAAAUGCUGACUUGGGGAAUUUUCCUACAGAUCAUGCCAGAAACACGCUUGACGUUUAGUGCCGCUUGACAAUCAUUACUCUUAUGUUCUGUCAUCGAUCUGUGGAGAGAUCGUCACUGCCUCGCUGCACGCUAGCUACUUUACUUGCAUAAAAAGUAAGCUUACCGAAACAGUUCUAUUUUCGUGCACUUCAGAAAACAGUCAUUCUCAAAGUGAGCAUUAGUUAGUUGCGACCUGAACUAGAAGAUAAGAAGUUGUUAAUGGCCGUAUGGUUAUUACUUGCUGUGAAUGUACUUCAAAGUUUGUGUGUUAAAACCAUUCACUCUUGAGUAUGUUUUUAUUAGGUGUUCACAAGACCGUUUUGCAGUCAAUAGACAUGGAGACUUUGAUCUCGGAGAACGAACUUCUCUUCUUCCUGAUCUUUGGGAAAUCUAUUUUUAUUUCGUUGAUUUUUAUGUAAGUAUUCACCGCAACACCAAAAUCCUCUCGCAUUUGUCUUGCAACUUUUGCAGCCAUCUUUAAGCCUUAACGAAUGUCAUUUAGUUGGUUUCCAGAUACAGAAAGACUUUUUCCACUGGCUAAUGUGCAGGUUUGUCAACUUUUAAACAACAAAACAUUGGGGACUUUUAAUAAAAGGAAUGUGUCACCCAUAAAUGAAAGUUCUACAGUUACAAAGCUUAAAUUUUUUGGCUUCUUAUUCCAAAUGUACAAAUUACGCACAAUAUUAUACGUUUUCUAAAAUCAUAUGAUGGAUUUGAUUUGGACUAAACAGAUUUCAAUUUAAAGGGACAGAUCACCCAAAAAUUACAUCUACAUUUACUCACCAUUCACUUCUCUUUCUUCUGUUGAACACGAAAGAAGGUCUUUUGAAGAAUACUGGUUGAUUGCACCCAUUGACUUGCAUAGCAUUUUUUCCUACUAUAAAAGUCAAUGGAUACCAUCAACCACCAAAAUAUCUUCUCUUUGUGUUCAACAUAAGAACGAAACUAUAAAAACCACAUGGAGGAGAGGAAAUGGUGAGGUAAUUUACAUUUUUUGGGGGGUAAAUUAACCCUUUAAGUCCAUAUAUUACCGUGAUGAUCUCCUCAUACAAACCUAUUGUAUGGCUUUAGAAGACUUUGAACAGUAAAGGGGAUCCAAUAUUAUUCUAAAAGUCUUUAAGCAAAACAUGUCCCCACUGUUAUGUUGUUGUUUUUUCCCUGUUACAUAUAUUGAAAUUGAAACAGCAUUUCUGUUCAAGUGUUCUGCCCAACUAAACCGCACUGUUCAAUGUACUCUUCAGAAUGGUUUUUUUUUUUGUUGAAAGAUGUUUGAGAAGCCUGUCACUUGUUCUUGCUGCUUCUGUAUAUAGAUUUAUAGCUUUGGAAAGCUAACAGCUUUAAUACACUUAUUCUCAAAUCUUUAAUGUGAUCUAGCCAUAAGGAAGAUACACAGCGGAUUGCAGUACACCAGUGCAACUGUAUAGGUAAGAGCCAUUAGAGUCUGUCUUCAAGGAGUUCAAGAUUAAACUUCUGUGCAUUUUUCACCUGA